AUGAGUAUUGAGCAGAUUGUCUCGCAGCCACCACUUAUAGACGUCUCGGACCCCCUCAAAGAUAAUCCAUGGACGUUGGGGCUUUUGAAGCAACAACUCCCUCUCCCUUUGCGCAUGCAAUACAAGCCUUCACUGACCACCCUCCUCGCGGGUAAUCGGCAUCCGUCUCGCCACUUUGUCCAAUCUGCGAAGUGGGAAGGCGGAAGUCAUGCAUGUAAUAAACCGUGCAAUAUUUUGAUCGCGCCACCCAAGCGCUCAGACUUAUCCUCGUCAAGUGAUCAUAAGCAGUUUCUGUCAUUCUUUGCAAGAGAGCAUCCCUGCUUUCUAGUCGCAAAUGCCGUCGCCUUGGCCUUUAUUUCUCAACAACAAGUGUUGUCCAUUGUUCCCGCUUUCCCCUCACACUACAGCUUUUCUCGUCACCGAUUGGUACAUUGUCCCCCCCCAUCGCACCGGGAGCCGGCAUCGGCAGUUACAGUAGCAAAUCUACACGCCCGGGCCGUUCGCCAGCGCUCCCACGUCGGAGACCGAACGAACAAUCGUAACAAGCGAAAAGCAGCCCAAUAUGAUGGUGGCGGAUGGCGGCUUGUCACGCUAAUACUAACAAAGCAGCGUCGCGAGAGACGAAUAAACAGAGGCGCUCUGGGUCCAUCAGGCAAUGCGCAAAAUCUAGGCAGUCUGGUCGGCGCGCAAGCGGACGUCGGCGCCUUGACGGAGCCCAUGCAACCAAGCCGUGAAUACACAGCCCUGAGACAUCCUGCUACCAGCACAGACCGGCUCGGCUGGAACCACCUCCAGUGA